CUGACUCAUCUCUUUGAUGUACUUAAAGGGAAUUCCAAUUUAAAUAGCCCUAGGAAAUUAACUCCGGAAGCACCCCAAAAAUUACAAUGGAUUGAACAAAAAAUUGCUUCCAAUCAGCUUACUUGAAUUAACUCCUUGCUGCCUGUUUCCUUGUUAAUUUUACUGUUACCUCAUUCUCCUGCAGGAAUACUUUGGCAGGCUAAUGGAAUCUUAAAACGGAUAUUUCUUUCCGACAAGCCUUAAAAAAAUUAUAUACAUAUUUAGACAAAACAGGAAUGUUAAUUUUAAAGAGUUGGGACAGACUUAAGGAAAUAACAACCCAAGACCCUGAGACAAUUAUACUACCUCUGUCUCAUGCACAAAUAUCCAUGGCAUAUCGGCAAUGCAUUUCAUGGCAACUUGGAGUUGCAAAUUAUAUAGGUCACAUAGACAACCAUUAUCUUAAAUCCAAAUUAAUUGAAUUUAUCAAAACCACCUCCUUUAUCGUGCCUCGAAUUGUACAGUCAGUACCUGUAAAUGGACCUAAUUAUUUUACAGAUGCCAACAAAUCCAGUUAUUCUGCAUAUUAUGGUCCUACUUCUAAAUGUGUAAAAUCCCCAUAUGCUUCAGUACAAAAGGAUGAACUCUUGACCAUAUUUUUUAUUACUUAAGGAUGUUCCCUCCUCCAUCAAUAUCUUAAAGGAUUCAGCCUAUUCUAAAAAAGUGAUUGAAAACUUGGAAACCGUUAAUAUUUAUUCAGAUGUCUCAGAAUUGUCUGACUUAUUUUUUCAAGUCCAACAUUGUCUCCAACACCGAUCCCAUCCUAUAUACAUUACUUGAGAGACUAAAGAAAAAUUAUCAGGUGUACCCACAACCGCAAGGAAAAGACCCCCCCCCCCCUUCUCCGCCAUUCCUGGAACCAGCCAGGGCGUGCCCGGUUGUGGUUUGACCUAAAGGCGGGAACCAAUCAAGUUCUGCUGAGUGUUCAAAUUUAAAUGUCAACCAAUAACAGCUCUGUAACCGCAAAAAAUCCCUAACUUCCCCAUAACCUGUUUGUGCCUGUCUAUAAAAGUGCUGUAAAAACCUCGCUCGGGGCCUCUUAGCAUCACCAGCAACGAGUGCACAGAGGUCCGGGUUCGAACCUGCAAUAAACGACCCUUGCCGCUUGGCUUUGACUCUGGACUCUGGUGGUUUGUUUUCGGGGGUCUCUCAAAUCAGGGCAUAUCACUUGGGGGCUCGUCCGGGAUCCCCCCCCCCCCAAGCCCACCAGACCCCAAGUCAACGGGUCGUCCGAGACCGAUCGGUAAGUGAGCCGGCUCUGUCCGUUUCUGUCUGUAUAUCGUCUGUUCGUUUCUGGCUCUCUCCCGCAUGGGAUCUGUAUCAGGGACUGACACAGCCCUGGCUGACGCGCUAUAGGGCAGUCAGUCGGGUCCAGUAGGAGACGUCCACUGGCACCCGUCUGGGGCCCCUUUUUGGGCCCGUCGGAAUUCUUCUGUCCGGGUAACAGACACCCGAAACGCGCUAGCGAUCUAUGUGUUGUGUUCUUUAUUCUGUAACCUUUAAGCGUUGACCCCCUUCUCUUUCACAGGUGACCUGGCCUGGCACAACCGGGAAUCCUCCUAAAUUUACUAUCUCUCCUUUCAAUCCUUUUCUCCACCUCCAGGAUACAGAUGGGCCAAUCUCAAAGCACUCCUCUUUCUCUCCUUGUUGCUAGCUUCAGGGAUGUUAGAACCAGAGGACAGAAUUUGAGUCUAGACAUCCAGAGGGGAAAAUUAAUAACCCUCUGCCGCUCCGAAUGGCCAACCUUCAGCGUUGGAUGGCCACACGAAGGAACUUUUUGCCUCCCUAUAAUCGCUAAGGUGAAGUCAAAGAUUUUUCUACCGGGUCGUGAGGGGCACCCGGAUCAGAUUCCCUACAUUCUAGUAUGGCAAGAUUUGGUAGGAAAUCCACCCCCUUGGUUGGCCCCCUUCCUGUCAUCAGGAACAUGUAAGGCCCUUGCCAUGCGGCCCGCAGACCCCCCAAAGCCAAAGACGCCAUCCGCACCCUUGUAUCCCAUAUUGACCGAUAGUCAGGACCUACUAUCCCUAGACCCUCCAUCCUAUCAUCCCCCUCCCCUCGUACCCUGGGCCCUGCCCGCAGCAGCCGCCCCGCCAGUCGCCCCGCUAGUUGCCCCCCCUAGGGGAACCGGGAGGACGGGAAGCGGCAGCUGCGCCGGAACCAGGAGGACGGGAGGCAGCAGCUGCGCCGGGCCCCAUUGAAAACGAAACCAACCACAAGGGGCCAGCCGGCCGAACCCGCGGGCGCACCCAGCGUGAGCCAAACCCUCGCCUCCCCGGCUCCACUGUGGCCCUACCCCUGCGGGAAAUAGGACCCCCAGAUGAAACAGGCAACCCCCGACUCCAGUAUUGGCCCUUUUCCACCAGUGACCUGUACAACUGGAAAACACAGAACGCUCGAUUCUCUGAUAACCCUAAAGACCUAAUAGCUCUUUUAGACAGUGUCAUGUUCACCCACCAGCCCACCUGGGACAACUGUCAGCAGCUCCUCCGCAUCCUGUUCACUACAGAGGAGCGAGAGAGGAUCCAAUUAGAAGCAAGAAAGCUGGUUCCCGGAGACGAUGGUCAGCCGACAUCUAACCCUGACCUCAUUAAUGUGCCUUUCCCCCUAACCAGACCUCCACAGGAUGAAUGGGACUACAACACGGCAGAAGCUGCCGAGACGCCCAAAACCUGCAUCCAGGGAACCGAAGGUCUCCUGCGAACUCUGGGAACCUUAGGUUACCGCGCCUCAGCAAAAAAGGCUCAGAUCUGCAAGUCAGAGGUAACUUACCUGGGUUACUUACUGAAAGGGGGGCAACGCUGGCUAACGGAUGCCCGGAAGGAAACCGUCCUUCGUAUUCCCAGACCGCAGACACCACGACAGGUGAGGGAAUUCCUGGGGUCGGCUGGGUUCUGCAGACUAUGGAUACCAAGGUUUGCUGAACUAGCAAAACCCUUAUACCAGGCAACAAAAGAUCACCAGCCCUUUAGUUGGACGGAAGAAGCCGAACAGGCCUUCCAGCAAAUCAAAACUGCCCUGCUAUCAGCACCUGCCUUGGGACUCCCCGAUGUUUCCAAACCCUUCCACCUAUAUGUAGAUGAGAGCCGGGGCACAGCUAAGGUGGUGCUAACCCAACAUUUGGGGCCCUGGUGCAGGCCAGUCGCUUAUCUAUCUAAGAAGUUAGAUCCAGUGGCCGCCGGAUGGCCACCCUGUCUCCGGAUGAUUGCAGCCACUGCCCUGAUGGUAAAAGACGCUGAUAAGCUGACCAUGGGCCAAGAACUACAAGUCACCACCCCGCACGCCAUCGGAGGCAUCCUCAAACAGCCGCCUGACCGAUGGCUGAGCAAUGCCCGACUCACUCAUUACCAGGGACUGCUACUGAACCCCCACAGGAUCAUCUUCACCCCCCCCCCGAUGGCCCUGAACCCAGCAUCACUGCUGCCAGAUCCAGACAUGGGGACCCCACUUCAUGACUGCACUGACAUACUGGCACAGGUUUAUGGGAUUCGAGAGGACUUGCAGGAUCAGCCAUUAUCAGACGCAGACGCCAUCUGGUUUACCAAUGGAAGCAGCUUCGUUCACCAAGGACAAAGGUAUGCGGGGGCGGCCAUGACUUCAGAGACCGAGGUGGUGUGGGCAGAAGCUCUACCCCCCGGAACCUCGGCCCAGAAGGCUGAGCUAAUAGCCUUAACCCAGGCCCUAAAGUUAGGAAGAGAUCGCAAGCUAACCGUAUACACUGAUAGCCGAUAUGUUUUUGCCACCGCUCAUGUACAUGGGGCGAUACACAGAGAACGGGGGCUCCUCACGGCUGAAGGAAAAGACAUCAAAAAUAAAGAAGAGAUUCUAGCCCUACUAGCAGCCAUAUGGGAACCCAAAAAGCUAGCAAUUGUGCAUUGCCCAGGACAUCAGAAGACAACCGACCCAGUUUCCCAGGGCAACAAUUUGGCCGAUCGGACUGCAAAAAACAUAGCUCGGCCCCCAGCGCAAUUACUGACCCUACAGCUGCCAAGUCCCGGACCCCGGGAAUUGCCCCCCAGCCCUGAGUAUUCAGAAAGCGAUCUUCAAUGGAUGAGUAAACUUCCUAUGACCCGAGUCAAAGAUGGCUGGUGGAGAGACUCCAAGAACAACACUAUACUCCCAGAGAAGCUAGGAUGGCAGGUUGUAGAGCGGAUCCAUCACAGCACCCACCUAGGUUCCCGGCGAAUGUUAGAUUUAAUGAGACAGACUGGACUGAGAAUCAAAAAUGUCUCCGAUAAGGUUGAUCAAGUAGUCACUAAAUGUACUGUGUGCCAACUCAACAAUGCGAGUAGUAAUCCUCAGACAUCAGGGGCAAGACAAAGAGGGAGCAGACCGGGGACCUAUUGGGAAGUAGAUUGCACUGAGGUAAAACCAGGAAAAUAUGGAUAUAAGUAUUUGCUAGUUUUUGUAGAUACCUUUUCAGGAUGGACCGAAGCCUUUCCAACCAAGAAUGAAACGGCACAGAUUGUAGCCAAAAAGAUCCUGGAAGAAAUCCUGCCCAGGUAUGGUUUUCCAGUAAUGAUAGGGUCAGACAAUGGACCUGCAUUCGUCUCUAAGGUAAGUCAGGGACUGGCUUCCAUACUUGGGGUUGAUUGGAAAUUACAUUGUGCAUACCGACCCCAAAGUUCAGGGCAGGUAGAAAGAAUGAACAGAACAUUAAAAGAGACCCUAACCAAAUUGACCAUGGAGACUGGUGCUAAGUGGGUAGUCCUUCUCCCUUAUGCUCUGUUCAGGGUGCGUAACUCCCCAUACAAACUGGGACUCACACCCUAUGAAAUAAUGCAUGGUAGACCACCCCCCAUCAUCCCUAACCUAAAAGAUGACCUUGUCAAAACUGAGAACGAUAAUGGUCUUGAACUCUUGCUCUCCCUACAAGCCUUGCAGAGGGUCCAUGAAGAUGUAUGGCCCAAAUUAAAAGAACUUUAUGAGACUGGACCCCCGCCUAUUCCUCAUCAAUUCUGACCCGGGGAUUGGGUCCUCGUCAAACAUCAUCAGCAGAGACUCGAACCCAGGUGGAAAGGACCCUUCCAGGUCAUCCUGACAAUGCCUACGGCCAUCAAAGUAGACAGAAUCACCGCCUGGAUCCAUUACACCCACGCCAAACCAGUGGACCCGUUCUCACACCUCAUCGGACCCUCAAAGACAACCUGGACUGUUGACCGGACUAAGGACAAUCCUUUAAAAUUGACCCUACGCCGCCAACGGACUAAACCGUAACUAUGGUACUUGCCCUCCUCUUGAUUGUUCUGCAAACUCUGUCUGUAGAUCCAAACCCCCACAACCCCUAUAAUUUGACAUGGGAA